AUAAGAUUCGAUCACCAAUCGAUUGGCGAAUCAUCUCGGCGGUUUCGCUCGUGGCUAUGCCUGAUUUAUAAUCUGCUCCGACACCUGACUAUACAGUUUGCCCCCAACGCUUGACCGCUCCUCGCCCUCCCAAAAACAGCGACCAACAUGACUCUCGCCGUCGACCUCCUUAACCCGUCCGCCGAACUCGACAAGCGCCAGCACAAGCUCAAGCGUCUUGUACAAUCGCCCAACUCGUACUUCAUGGACGUCAAGUGCCCCGGCUGCUUCACCAUCACCACUGUCUUCUCGCACGCCCACACUGUCGUUCUCUGUGGCUCUUGCGCAAGCGUUCUGUGCCAGCCCACUGGUGGUAAGGCCCGUUUGACGGAAGGAUGCUCGUUCCGUAGGAAAAACUAAGCGAUAGCGCACUUGCAAUCAUCGAUUGUCCUCGCAUAUUUACAUUUGGCUUAGCAUUUUCAUCGCAUCUUCCUCGACUAUUCCGAUCAUCGUCCCUCGCCCGAAUGCUGCUCUCACAUGUCAUGCCCCAUGUACAGUCUAUGUAAGACCCACUCAAAAGUAUGCCUUGCUAUGGAAAACUGGUCGCGUGCUGUCUGAUACAACGCUCCGUCCAUUACAGCCCUUUCGGAAAAGGUUGGCCGGAACAGUUUUUCGCUAACGACUUGUAAAAUUUGAUGAAAUGAUAUGAUGGACCAUAUAUAGACUUAGCUCCGGAUAUCGAUCCGCUUAAGCUUAGGGGGAAUUCUGCACCUUCCAGUUUUUGCACUGG